CGGCUCCCGUCCCGCUCCCCCGGUUCCCGCCUCGCCGCACUGCCCGCGGGCGAUGCGGCGCUCCCGGCGCAGGGCAGGCGGGCCGCGCCUCAGCUACUCCUGAGCGCUCGCAGCCGUUGCCUGCAGGAGCUGCCUCCCUCCGUCCCGCCAUGGAGCAGCCGUACGGCGGGCAGGCCCUGGCCGGCGGCGGCGCGCUGGGGCCUGUGGAUGUGCCCAGCGCCCGGCUGACUCGGUACAUCGUGCUGCUGUGCUUCGCCAAGGUUUUGAAAGCCGUGGGGCUGUUUGAAUCCUAUGAUCUUCUGAAAGUGGUCCACCUCGUGCAGUUUAUCUUCGUAGUGCAGCUGGGGUCUGCUUUUUUUAUGGUUUUGUUUCAAAAGCCAUUUUCAUCUGGAAAAGUGGUAACGAAGCGUCAGUGGAUCAAAAUUUUUAAGCAUGCCGUUGUUGGAUGUAUCAUUUCACUCUUAUGGUUUUUUGGCCUUACUCUAUGUGGACCACUGAGAACAUUAUUACUGUUUGAACACAGUGAUGUGGUUGUGCUGUCACUCCUUAGUGUCUUGUUCACAAGCUCAGGUGGAGGACCAGCAAAGACAAGAGGUGCUGCAUUUUUCAUCAUAGCUAUCAUCUGCUUACUACUUUUUGAUAAUGAUGACCUCAUGGCUAAAAUAGCAGAACAUCCUGAGGGGCAUCAUGACAGUGCUCUUACUCAUGUUCUGUAUACAAUCAUUGCUUUCCUGGGUGUUGCAGAUCACAAGGGUGGAGUAUUGCUUCUGGUACUGGCAUUGUGCUGCAAGGUUGGUUUUCAUAUGGCAUCCCGAAAACUAUCUGUAGAUGUAGGUGGAGCCAAGCGUCUUCAAGCUUUGUCCCACCUUGUUUCCGUCCUUCUGUUGUGCCCAUGGGUUAUUGUUCUCUCUCUGACAACAGAGAGUAAAGUAGAGUCUUGGUCAUCUCUCAUCAUGCCUUUCAUAACAGUCAUCUUCUUUGUUGUGAUCCUGGAUUUCUACGUGGAGUCCAUAUGCUCUGUGAAGAUGGAAGCUUCCACAUGUGCUCGAUAUGGAUCCUUUCUUAUUUUCAUUAGUGCUCUGCUUUUUGGAAACUUUUGGACACAUCCAAUAACAGACCAGCUUCGAGCUAUGAACAAGCCACCACACCAUGAAAGCACAGAGCAUGUUCUUUCUGGAGGGGUGGUAGUGAGUGCUGUCUUCUUUGUUUUAUCUGCCAAUAUCCUGUCCUCCCCCUCCAGGAAAGGGCAGAAGGGUACCCUUAUUGGCUAUUCCCCUGAAGGCACUCCUCUCUAUAACUUCAUGGGUGAUGCAUUACAGCAAAGCUCCCAGUCAUUGCCCCGGUUCAUUAAGGAGUCACUGAAACAAAUCCUUGAGGAGUAUGAUUCUCGGCAGAUCUUCUAUUUCUUGUGCCUAAAUCUGGCUUUCACUUUUGUGGAGCUUUUUUAUGGAGUAUGGACCAAUAGCCUUGGUCUUAUUUCUGAUGGAUUUCACAUGCUUUUUGAUUGUUCUGCGUUAGUGAUGGGGCUUUUUGCAGCUCUGAUGACAAGGUGGAAAGCAACUCGCAUAUUUUCAUAUGGGUAUGGACGUGUAGAAAUUCUCUCUGGAUUUAUUAAUGGCCUCUUUCUGAUGGUGAUUGCUUUCUUUGUCUUCAUGGAAUCAGUGGCAAGACUAGUAGAUCCUCCAGAUAUAGAUACAAAUAUGCUAACUCCGGUGUCUGUUGGAGGGCUGAUUGUAAACCUUGUUGGUAUCUGCGCCUUCAGCCACGCGCACUCGCACGGCGCUUCUCGGGGAGGCUGUCCCACACAUGAUCACAGCCAUUCUCACCAUGGCCACAGCCACAGCCACGGGCACGGCCAUUCCCACAGUGACCAUGGCCACAGCCAUGGACAUGCCCAUGGGUCUUCUGGAGGAGGCAUGAACACCAACAUGAGAGGUGUGUUUCUGCAUGUGUUAGCAGACACUCUUGGCAGUGUUGGUGUUAUCGUAUCCACAAUAUUUAUUCAGCAAUUUGGAUGGCUCAUAGCUGAUCCGCUCUGCUCUCUCUUUAUUGCUACAUUGAUUUUUCUUAGUGUUAUCCCACUAUUGAAAGAUGCCUGUCAAGUGCUUUUGUUGAGGAUACCUCCAGAACAGGAGAAAGAUCUGCAUGCUGCUUUAGAAAAGAUUCAAAAAAUAGAGGGAGUUAUAUCCUACAGAGAUCCUCAUUUUUGGUGUCACUCUGCAACUGUUGUGGCAGGCACAAUACAUGUGCAAGUGGUAUCAGAUGUGAUGGAACAGAGAAUUGUACAGCAGGUCACAGCAAUUCUGAAAGAUGCUGGUGUAAACAACUUAACUGUCCAAGUGGAGAAAGAAGCUUAUUUUCAACACAUGUCUGGACUCAGUACAGGAUUUCAGGAUGUCCUUGCAAUGACUCAGCAGCUAGAAUCCAUGAAAUACUACAAAGAUGGUACUUACAUCAUGUGAUAGAAAUUUGUAUUUGCCAAAGGAGAUGUAAAUGGUCAAGCUAAUUGAGUCCAUAUUUGUAUUUUUGCAGGGAGAUCUUGCACAUACAUGUACAGAAACAAAUGUACUAUAUAUUUGAAUUUUUAUAAGUGUACUAUCUUUGUUAAUUGGAUUGAGAUGCUUUUAUAAAGGAAAUAAGAAGGACUUGAGUACUUGCUGUAAAUGUGAAAAUAGUUGAAAUCUUAUAUACUAUACUUGGUGUUUAUUAAACAGAAGUCUUGAAACUUGCAGAUGAGCACAGAUAUAUUCCAUACUUUCUCCAAAGUGUGGAACAUCGGUAUUUUAAUUUCUUGUUAGCAGUGGGAAAUAGAAGUAGUUUAUAUUGGAAUGCAAACAAUCAACAGGGCACUACUUUUCUUUCUUUCAAAGAUAGCUUGAAGACUCUUGGAAUGAAAAAAACACUUUAUUAUGGGGAUUAAAAACAUCAAGUUCUGUGUUUUGCAUAUUUUGUUAGAUAAUAGAAAUAUACAGUUUUUAUAUUAUGUCUCAGCAUACAAAUAUGAUUUCUAUACUUAAUGCACCAGAGCAAAUAUAUGUUACCAUUUUACAUUUGUAUGGAACUAUUUUUUUUGGAAGAAAUCCACAGAUUUAACAACGAGAAAUAGGGAAGAAAAAUGAAAACACCUUCUCCUGAGAAGACUCAGAAUCACAACUCAAACCACUUAAAAUAAAACUUUUUGUACUUUUUAUAUGAAUAACUGCAAAUGCAAUAUUUGAAGUCUAGAAGUAAUAAAUCAGUGAGCAUCCUAGCACUCUGCUAAACUUCAUCUUUUCAAGAUAUGUUAUCCUGUACUUUACUCAAUUUUUUUAAUAAUACCAUUACAGCUGCAGGUGUACUGUAGCCAACUGUACCUCCAUGUAUUACCUAGGGAAGAAGUUCAGGUUUAGAAUGCUAAACUAUGAAAGUAGUCUUGGACUUGACAAGUUGCUGAAAUGAACAGUAAAUUGAGAUUUCUUGACUGGAAAGUGAAAGAGAGUGCCUUUAAGAAAGAAUUAUGGAUGUUGAGGACUUAAAUACUGCAAAGAAAACAAAUCCAUGUGUUUAAUGAAAACCUGUCAAUGGGAUAAUAAAAUAGAUCUUCAAAGGUAGUUGUGCUUACAUCUGUUCACAGGCUUCUUGUGCCCCCCUCUUCUUGUCUGUAGCACAUUAAUAUUUUCCUUGAAAUUUAAGAAAUUAAUUCCGUGGUUAACAAGAACAAAUACAUCUUUCACCAUCCCAUGUAUCGUGGCAGUAUUGUUUUGUUGUACUGUUUUCUUGUUUCUACUAUUCAGUGGUUCUUGAAUACUAUAAUAAUAAGAAUAAACUUGAUGUUAGUGAAAUUGAA